GACUGUGCAUCCAUUGUAGAAUGCUGGGAAGUCGGCAUGGCGCCAUCCGCCCGGCAAAAACGAAUGCCUACGUGUGCUGGAGCUGUAGAGCCCAAGCACAGCAACUACAACGACGGCCUCGAAGAGGCAAGCACACUGCGGCGACCGCUGAGAAGCCGGACGAGGAGCUGCACGAUGGCAGGCAGUCGCAAGACAAGAGUCAGGAGCGAGAAGACAAGCGCCCCAAGGACCAGAUCCGCGCUCGACAACGAGCAUCGGAAUCUGUCGAUGAGCGGUUAACACUGAGCCAACAACGUUAUGAUACACUCAAGGCACAAUUCGAGCGACUGCAAGAGCGCAAGAGACAUAAAGCAUUGGCGCAACAGAGCAAACCCGUCGCCCGUGCUCGACAGCAAGCAUCGAAACCUGUCGACAAGUGGUUGACACUCAGCCAACGACGCAAUGAAGUGUCCAAGGCACAACUAGAGCGACUGCAAGAGCGCAAGAGAGAUGGCGCAUUGGCGCAACAGAGCGGAUCCGUCUUCCGCGCUCCGAACAAUGCUGACCGGUCACAUCCCGCUCUCCGGGCCAUUGACGUCGACAAGUUGUUCAGAGCAGAUCCGAGCGAUGAUGGUGGAGGGAAAGGUGAAGAGGAGAACUUGAGUUCGGUUUCAUGGCGUAAGAAAUACAGCUCUGCAGAAGGCCGCGCCUCAAAGCCUACGUUGUCUCAUCGUCCAUUGCAUAUCACGGGAUCCAGCUCUAGUGAGCUCGAUUUCUUGUCGGCUGUUUCGCAGCAGCGUGCGCGACACGCAGCGUCGCGACCAACUCAGCCUGUUAGCUAUGAGUCGACUUUCAAUCACUUGUUGCAGUCGAGACCUUUUCCUGCAAAGAGUGCUUUCGCAUCGCCGCCUCCAGGAACUCAAACACAAGGUAUGCGCACGUUCCACUCGCUGCGUCGAAUCAACCAGCACGCUGUCGCGCAUGAACAGCACGAUGACAUGGGGACCGAUUUGGCACAGGAAGGCGCUACAGAAAAGGCGGGUGGCAUCCGGGCCCAGCUGCGCCAAUGGCAAGAACUGCACGGCCAUGAAGAAGAUAUCAUGCCCGAGCUGCCCCAAGAAGAUUUACCAUACGACGAAGAGUCACCAUACAAUAGCUUGACCCGACUUCCCAGUGAAAGGAGCAUGAACCAGCAAGCACAGCGGGCAGAAGAAGAACAAGGCCGCGCCGCGUUUAUGGAGCAACUCGGAAAAGAAGGGUUCGAAGGGACAUCGAAAGAGCAGAGUCGUUUUAUGCAGCCAGGGGAUCUGGUGGAGCUGACAUUUUCCAUGUCCGAAAGGGAAAGCACAAUGGCAAUAUACAUCCAGCGAGUUGCCCAAGGCCUUGGUCAGUAUCUGACCUUGAAUGGACGAUGGACCCAUGUGCACGAUGCCGCUGUACCGUACAGUGUGUCCGGAUGGAUUGACCCGAAGGAGCUGGAGCCUCUGAUGAAGCACCUCCCCAAGCCAGAGACGGCUCUCGACCUCGAGCAGCUGCGAGUCCAGGCUUACACUGAAGACCUUGAUGUUCCCCGAGAAAUUACCGGCCCCUUGAUUGCUCGCCUGCAGGUCUUCUCUGAUGAAGUGCGGGAGAUCUAUCGCCGCAAUGCCAGUGCUUUGGACGAUGCUCAUAAUGUUCUUGCUCACGAAACAGAUCUGCGGUAUGGCUCGCUGGUGUCAGCUGCUACCGCCCUUCUCAAGACUCCGGCCGACAAAUUGCCAUUGCCCGCACUGUUCACCGUUCGCAAGGCCUUGGCCAACGGCGGCUUCGCUUUCAACAUCGAUCGCCGUUCUCAUCGCUUGACAGGUUACAUGCAGAUCCGCAGUAAGCAGCAAGUCCGAAUGGUGGAGAAAGUGCGUGACUGGAUCAGAGAAUGGCAAGAUGACCUGGCACUGCGAGCAAGCAUGGAUGAAAAUCGACGUGGGAGGCACAAGCCGUUGAAGGGCGCUCAAAUCUUGUACGGCUUCAUCGACAAGUCUCGUACAAUCGUUGCCAAGCAGCGACAAAAUCGAGAACCAGUGCCCGAGGCGGGCAACGUUGGUCCUAGCAAGACGCGGCUGCCCAUUACAUCGACUAGUGAAAGCUUCAAAGUGGAGACAGAGCAGCUUUUCACCGAGCACGAAGCGGAAAUUGUCAAGUUUAUUGAAGGCUGGUGUUGCAGUCAAUUGUACGCCGGAUUGCCGCGUCUAUUGAGCUUGCCGCCACUCAUACUAAACGCUCUUGACUUGUACUCGGGUCUGGAGCUCGGGCAACACAUUGGCUUUCUGUUUCUGCAGGAGCUGGGUGCCAUCAUGCCUCACGAGAACCGUGUUCGUUUCGACCAGCAUCUGCUUCUGCCGAGCUCACAGCACAGCAAACCACUUCAAAACCUGAUGUCGACCCUGCUGACUAUGAGAUCCAAUCACAACCUUCGUGACUCUUUGUCAGAUCUUCGGCAUGACUGGAAAGCUCUGCCCGUCUAUUGCAUCGAUGAUGCCAGCGCACAGGAGAUUGACGAUGGAAUAUCAAUCGAAGACGCAGGAGUGGAUUCGCAGGGAAGGCAGCAGCAAUGGCUCCACGUGCAUAUUGCCAACCCAACGGCAUUCUUCUCUCGAGACCAUCCUCUCGCAAAGAUGGCACGUCACAUGGGGGAGACAAUUUACAUGCCGGAGCGCGCCUACAUGAUGCUGCCGCGAUGGGCUACCAAAUCUCACUUCAGUUUGGCACCGGACAGACCGUGCUUGACGUUCAGUGCGAAGCUUAACUCGGACGGCGAGACACUCGAUCACAAAGUCACUGCAGGCAUUAUCAGAAACGUUCUGCGCGUCACUUACGAUGAACUCGAGAGUCAAGUGUUCGGCAAAGACCCGGAAGCAGAAGAGCGACUCAUCCUCACCGUCGGGGGCAUGCCGCCUCCAGAUCGCAACCCUCCAAGUAACGCUUCUUCUCUCACGGAGCAGAACCGUAAUGAUUUACAGCGAAUCAUGGAUCUUGCUCAAGCGCGAUCUGCCAUUCGUAAACGUGCUGGUGGUAUCUUCUUCGAGCUAGCACAACCAGAAAUGGCUGUAUGGCAGAGUACACGUGGGACCGGACUAGCGUGGGAUCACCCUUACCGAAGUGGGUCCAGGACUGUAUAUGGCGAUCCAGUCAUCCAGCUCCAGACUCAGCGAAUGAAAAAUUGGUUCACGGCUUCUCGGAGUCAAGCUCAAGUACUCGUGAGCGAGUCCAUGUUGCUUUGUUCAGAAAUCGCGGCCAUAUACUGUGCACAGCGCCAAAUUCCAGCAAUUUAUCGAGGGACCACGUCGAUCAGCGCAAAUGCCGAGCACCCAAAGAAGGAACGGUGGGAGGAGCUCCUCGCGCAGGGAAAGCAACUCCCAAUGCAUCUGGGUAUUCCCUAUCUGCAGUCUAUGGGAUACACUGUGCUCCGCACGAGACCGCUCAAGCACGAUUAUCUUGGUAUGGAUCAUUACGCUAAAGUCACGUCUCCUUUGCGCAGAUACGGUGAUAUGAUUCUGCACUGGCAAAUCGAAGCUGCAAUACGUUGGGAAGCUACCACUGGUCAAAGUCUCAUUGUCCCGCCUGACGACAAGACUCAACACGACCGCCGCUUCCUUCCUUUCAGUAACCAGAUUCUCGAAACUAUCAUGUUGGGUCUUCAACCUCGCGAGAACAUGAUCACGAGGGCCAAGCGCUACUCCAACAGCCAUUGGGCUUCUAUGCUCCUUUUCCGCAUGCAUCACUUCAAAGAAGGUGGAUCUGGCCCUCUUCCCGACCGCUCUUCUCCUGAAACCUUUCCGGGUAGUCUCCCGCCCGGUCAAGGCGGUCUGCCGUUCAAGACUUUGAAUUGUUUCGUUCAAUCUCGUCCUGAGUUGGAUGGUUACCAUAGAGUGCAUGCUACUUCUAUGGAGCUGAAUUUGUCGGUGGAGAUGAGUAGACCAACUGAUGUAGACACUGGGCUGCCUGAGGUCAUGCAGGGAGAUAUUUGGGAGGCGGAAAUCGAGUGGGUAGAUAUCUAUUACCGGAGGAUUAUGGUUAAGCCUCUGAGGUUGGUGGCCAGGGAGGGCUUGUGAGUAGGCAGUGCAAUGCAUUUCCUGCAUGUGACGUCCAUUAUGGCACGAAGGCAACUGUAAAGCUGUCGACUCUCUUCUCCAUGAAAUUUUCCUCGUCCCUGCCUAUUGUUAGAUGUGGCCUCCCGACCCAACGAAAAUGAGGUCUUGCUUUUGGCGAAACUUGGGGAGCACUGUUGGGUAAGACUACUUUGCUCCCGAAUGCAUGUCUCAUCAUUGCAGGCUCCUCGAGAUUACAGCAUGCCUGAACACGUCCGGAACCCCAUUACAGAAACAAAGUCACCCUAAUCAUUGCAAACCCAUCCCGAACA